GAUUCAAGGCCCUAUAUACUAUUUGAUUUCAUGAUUGGCAUUUCAAUUUGAUUGGGGGUAGUCACUGGUCGGACCAGUUCAGUUCAAGUUUGGGAAUUAAGUUCGAGAGAGAAAAUUGACUUUUUUUAAUGGGUAAUAUUAUAUUUAUUUGCUAGCACCAAGGUUCAUAAAAGUGAUCUGCAAAUGCCUGUACCUAGUAGCAGGUAAUCUCCCAGUAAGUAAGGUGCCUCCCUGGUGCCAUUUUAGACCGGCUCAAGUGUUGCCGUUCUGGAGAGGCGGGAGAGGUGCCGUCGGGGCUCUUAACAGCGCACGCAUCACUGUGUUACUCAAGAAUAAAUAAUAGAAGUUAAAAAGUAACUACCUACCUACAUAGCCUUAUGAUUGACGGGUUAUAUAACUUUUGAAGUCUUAGUAAAAGUGCCACAAUUUGUGUUGCGAGCUCCAGGUACAUGCCCUCAGGCCACCUGCCCCAAACAGCCAUCCUAGAGUGCGCCUGGUGCCUGGUGGCUGGCAGACUGAGUGAGUACUGACUGUAGAUUGUGCCCAUUUGUGUUGGAGCAGAGCUUCUCUCCAAAUUCUGACCUGCCCAUAUGCAUCCCACAUUCCCACUUUGCCAGGAUGGACAGCCAGGUGCAGCGGGAGGGCCGUCUGAUCGACAUUGUGGAUGAGGCGUGGCGGCGCGACACGCUGCCUGAGGAGGAGAUCGCUGUGCCAUUGUAUGAGCUGCCUGACCCGGAGCCCGACAACAGCAACAACACGGAGAGUCUGCGCCAGCAGGAGCACACGUGGAACGAGCUGGCGCUGCAGCGGCUGGCUGAGCCGCGCCAGCCGGCUGACGGCGACGUCACCAUCGGGGGACGGCUGUGAGCGGGCCGGAGCCACCGCUGGAGCAGCACUGACGGUUCCACGAUGGCCGAGCUGCCCACGCUGGGGGAGCAGUGUGGACUGGCCUCGUGCCGGCAGCUGGACUUCCUGCCCAUCGCCUGCCAGCACUGCGCGCGCUCCUUCUGCCGAGACCACGCCUCCGCGGACGCCCACGGCUGCGACAAGCGGCCUGAGCCGGCCCAGGCCGACCUAUCGUCGAGCACGCGCAUCUAUGCGUGCCACGUCUCGGGCUGCGGGGCGGCUGAGCUGACGCCGGUGGUGUGUCCGGACUGCGGCCGGGGCUGCUGCCUGGCGCACCGCCACCCGGCCGGCCACGGCUGCGCCGCCUGGCAGGCGCAGCAGGCGGACGCCGCCCGCCGGCUGCCGGAGUUCCAGCGCGCCGCCGCGCUGCAGGCGGAGCGCCUGUCGGCCGCGCCGGUGGUGGUCAGCUCCGGCCGGUCGGAGCGCGCGCGGAAAACGGCGCGCCAGGUGCAGCUGAUGCGUCUGAAGCAGCGCGCGGCGGGCGCCGGCUCGGUGCCGCUGGCCGACCGGCGCUACCUGCUGCUGGUGGCGCCCGGCGGCCGCGGCGCGCCCCGGCCCGUGUUCGUCAGUCGCCGCUGGACGCUGGGACGCGCCGUGGACGCGCUGACCGACCUGUGCGGCGCCUCCAACAAUAACGACAGGACCGGCGGCCGGCGGCUGCUGCUGUACCGCUAUACGGACGGCGGCCGGGUCGGGGACGCUAUGGACACGGUGAUUGAGGAGCUGCCGGACGGACAGAUGGACAACGCCGAGACCGUGGUCCUCGAGUACGGUGACCCGGCCGACACGCACCGCAGCGAUGUGACAAAGUAUGAGCUCAAGUGACGCGUCCGCCCGCUGUCGUGUGCCGGGGGCUGACAAAGUGUCGCGUGAUCUAUCCUCUGGUAUGUGCUUGGGGCGGGUAUCUGGUCACAUGAUCGUGGUACGGCAACUACGUUCUGACGGACAUAAUUAGGAACAGGUUGACUAUUCCUCUGCGCGCGUUUACAUUGUAUUGUUGCCGGAAUGUUGAAGUUUCACUCGUAUUCACUGCAUGCUUCGUGUCCACAUUGAUUCAAUAAACCCAUUGUGCUAA